AUGAAGGAAAGAAUUGGUGACUUAGCAACCAACAUCAUGUUGCUGGGAAAAAGAUAUUAUGGAUCCGAAGGAAGCUGUUACGAGGAAUCAAGGCGAUGCCAAAAGGCCUUGUGUGAGUUCUUUUUUCUGGAAGGGUUGUUCUUGUUUUCCGAUACGGUGCCCUUUCUUGGUUGGCUUGACGUUGUGACGGGAAACAUAGGAAAAAUAAAGCAGACAGCAAAGGAGUUGUAUAUUGUACUUGGAAGCUGGGUGAAGGAGCAUCGUGAACGGAGGCGCAACGAAGGCAUCAAAGGGGACAAAGAUUUCAUCGAUGUCAUGUUGUCUAUCAUGGAUGAAAGCAACGUUCCAUCUCAAGAGGCUGAUGUUACCAUUAAAGCAACUUGCCUUAGUCUUGUCUUGGGUGGCAUCGAUACCAAUGUGGUUACGCUUACAUGGGCAGUCUCCCUGCUAUUGAAUAACUGCAACGUGCAAAAGAAGGCCCAAAAUGAACUUGACGUCCAUGUUGGGAAAAGACCACAAGUGGAAGAUUCAGACAUAAGCAACUUGGUAUACCUGCAAGCCAUUAUCAAGGAAACAAUGUGA